CGUUUGCAGUGUUCACAGCGCUCGAAGCAUUUUGAUAAUCCCCAGUUAUACCCGGGUUCUGUUUUUUUUCUCUCGCUAGCAAUUCGGUGUUGAUUUUGUGAUGUCGGCGACUGGAGAAGUCGAGCAACCCACUGCGGAGCAGCCAAUAGUGGCUGAGAAGCCUGCCGCGGCGGAGAAGCCCGUUAAGGAGAAGAAAACGAAGGCGGGCGCCGUUAAGGAGAAGAAACCGAAGGCGGCCGCCAAGGAGAAGAAGGCUAAGACCACCAAAACCGCCUCUCACCCACCUUACUUUGAGAUGAUCAAGGAGGCUCUGUUGGCAUUGAAUGAGAAGAGCGGAUCGAGCCCGUACGCCAUCGCAAAGUACAUGGAAGAGAAGCACAAGGCCGUGCUGCCGGCGAAUUUCAGGAAAAUUCUGGGCCUCCAAUUGAAGAACUCUGCAACAAAGGGAAAACUCAUCAAAAUCAAGGCUUCCUACAAGUUAUCCGAGUCCGGAAAGACGGACAAGCCCGCUGCCGCGAAGCCCGCCGCCAAGAAAUCCACCGUCCCGACAGCAGACACCAAGAAGCCCAGAACAGCCCGAGCCACUGCGGCUGGAACGAAGAGGAAGGCGGAGGGAGUGAAGAAGGUGGCGGCAAAGAAGGCCGCAAAGAAGGCAACUCCGGCGAAGGCGAAGCAGCCCAAAAGCAUAAAAUCUCCUGCUGCCAAGAAGGCCAAGAAAGCUUCUGCUGCUUAGUUUUGUGGAUUGGUGUGUAGCUCUUAGGGGUGGGGGGUUGUGAAUAUGUGCAUGGGUUAAUCUAGUUUGUUCAUAGGGGUGUAGUGAAUACAUAUGAUGAUGUGUUUUUGUGAUCUCGGUGGAGUUUCUGCUAAUGGAAUAACUAUUUUACAAGUUUUUGCUUUA